AUGGCACAUGCUUGGUCAGACUUGCCCUCAGUUCUCUCUGCUGCCCUGCCCAAGGCUCAGAAGGCUGCUCAGGAUGACGGACAAUUGAAGGCUUUCGCCGAUACAAGGGCGAUUAUUGGUCCUGCUACGUUUGGUAUCAAGUCCGGUGGAUCCGACAGUGCCAUUCUUGUAACUGUCACCGACGGCAAGGUUGAGAUCCAUAGUGGAAAGGCCAAGGAUGCCGAGUUCGUACUGGGUGCUCUUCCAGAGCAAUGGCAAGAGUUCAUGAAACAGACUCCAGUCAUGCCAUACCAAUCCUACUGGGCAAUGAGACGGAGACUAUCUGGCAGAGAUGCUGACGAGGGCAAAGGAAUGUUUGGGAUGAACAUCAAGCAAGAAGGUAUCACGGUCGAAGGUGAUCAACAGUCGUUCGCCCGCUGGACGCACAUCUGGAGGCGAGUGCUCGAACUCAUCCAUGAUGCACACUCUGGCCCUACCCCGGCAGACGAUGAGCCCGAGGUGGACGAAGAUAAUAUCACGGGUCGCUACGUUUAUAUCACUUCUCCCAUCUGGGGCAAGUGCAAAGUCUUCUACGAACACGCCGGUGAUGGUGAUCAGCAGAUAGUGUUCUUGCACACCGCUGGCAGCGAUAGCAGACAAUACCACGGCGUCAUGAACGACGAGCGUAUGCGCAAGAAGUGCAGCAUGUUCGCCCUUGAUCUGCCAGCCCACGGUCGCAGUUUCCCAUACCAAGGAUAUUGGCCAGGCAACCACACCAACACCGAAGACGCCUACGUCGGUUGCAUCGCCGCCUUCGUGAAGAAGUUGAACCUUAACAAGCCGAUCAUCUGCGGUGCCUCCAUGGCCGGACAGAUCAGCUUGGCCUGCGCGAUCCGCUACAAAGAAGUCGGCUGCGUCGGCACAAUCCCCCUUCAAGGCUCCGACUACCUCGACAUGGACAGGCAGUGGAACGACCGCUCGCCAUAUGUCAACCAAGCGCUGUACAACCCUGAGUGGAUCUACGGCAUGAUGUCUCCCACUGCACCCCUUAAGAACCGCCAAUUGAUCUGGCACUUGUACUCAGCGCAGGCGUAUGGCAUCUUCCACGGCGAUCUCGACAUGUACUUCGGCGGCUGGGACGGCCGUUCCAGGAUGAAAGACAUCGACACAAAGGCCUGCCCAGUCUACAUGUUGACGGGCGAAUACGACUGGUCCAACACGCCAGAGAUGGCGCAGAAGACAUGUGAUAAGAUUCCAGGAGGAAAACACCAAGCCAUGGCUGGGCUGGGUCACUUCCCAGCGACAGAGAACCCAAAGGUCUUCGUUGGUUAUGUCCUUGAGGCUAUCGAUCAUAUCCAGAAGACCAGAGCUUAG